ACCUCCGACGACCACCCUCGUCACCUCACAAGCCUCCCAAUGCCCAAGAACCCGCACCGCGCAACGCGUCGCCUGAACUCCCCGUUACGACCGCUCCCGCCGCCUCGGCCUCCAAGAAGCUCACCCUCGUCCCGCUCAUCUUCCUCAUCUACUUCGAGGUCGCUGGCGGGCCCUACGGCGAAGAGCCCGCUGUGCAAGCCGCGGGGCCCUUGCUGGCCCUCCUGGGCUUCUCCAUCUUCCCCUUCAUAUGGAGCGUCCCGGAGGCCCUCAUCACCGCCGAGCUCUCCACCGCGUUCCCCGGCAACGGUGGCUUCGUCAUCUGGGCCGACCGCGCCUUUGGCCCCUUCUUCGGCUCCCUCAUGGGCACCUGGAAGUUCCUCAGCGGCGUCAUCAACAUCGCCGCCUUCCCCGUUCUCUGCAUCAACUACUUGGAGAAGAUCUUCUCAGCGUUCGAGUCGGGCUGGCCCCGAUACCUCGCCCUCCUGUUCUCGAACCUGUCUCGCAGCGAUCGUGCUCGGCGUCGUUUCUCUGAUGCCCUUCUUAUUAAUGUCCCUCAUCGCCAUCCCCAAGAUUAGGCCUCACAGGUGGGUGAGCUUGGGCCAAAAGGGUGUCAAGAAAGAUUGGAACUUGUUCUUCAACACCCUGUUCUGGAACUUGAACUUCUGGGACAAUGUGAGCACCGUCGCCGGAGAAGUGGACCGGCCACGGAGGAAUCUCCCAUUAGCCCUUCUUGUGGCGGUGAUUUUCACUUGUGUCUCUUAUUUGAUUCCUCUGUUCGCCGUGACGGGUGCCGUCUCGGUGCACCAGAGCGAUUGGGAGUCCGGGUUCCAUGCAGUUGCGGCCGAGAUGAUCGCAGGUAAAUGGCUCAAGGUCUGGAUCGAGGUCGGCGCGGUGCUGUCGGCGGUGGGGCUCUUCGAGGCCCAGCUCAGCAGCAGCGCUUACCAGGUCCUCGGCAUGGCGGACAUCGGGAUCUUGCCCGAGUUCUUUGCCGCGAGGUCUGAAUGGUUCGGCACUCCCUGGGUGGGGAUCAUGCUGUCCUCCCUCAUCAGCAUCGCCGUCUCCUACAUGGACUUCACCGACAUCGUCUCAUCGGCGAACUUCUUGUACAGCCUCGGGAUGCUGCUCGAGUUCGCGGCGUUCGUGUGGCUGAGGAGGAAGCUCCCGUCGCUGAAGCGGCCGUACCGGGUACCGCUGGGCGUGCCGGGGCUGAUGGUCAUGUGCCUGAUACCGUCCGCGUUCUUGGUGGUGAUAAUGGUGCUCGCGACCAAGGUGGUGUACUUGGUGAGUGGACUGAUGACGGUGGGCGGCAUUGGGUGGUUCUUCUUGAUGAAGUCCUGCAAGUCCAGGAAGAUUUUCAAGUUCAGCAUCAGCGCUGUUGAAGUCGCAUCAGACUAAAA